AUGGCAGACACGCAAACAAAUGGAAGCCAGGCCACGGCCUCUUUGUUGUCUAGCUUCACAGAUGGCGCCUACAUUGAGGUACUGACGUCUACGGUUGCCAAGGAUCUCAUCACUAGAUUCACCGGCAACCUCCAAGCGCAGACCGCUGAGGAAGUUGCCAGCCCCACGGCGGCAUCGAAAGAUUCACUAUCCGAGGACGAAAUCGCCGUCGGUCUCGCUGCCCUCAACGCGUUCUUGCAGUCCAACGUCACAGGACCCGUGCUGGAGCACGCCAACAAGGUAGAAGCACUCUUCACUGAGAUCUUCACUGCCCACGACGCGAGCGCAUCAUCAUCAUCAUCAGACAGCCUCAAGGCGCUACGCAGAAGCAGCCUCAAGGCACUCGAGGUCGACGGUGUCUCACCCUACCCUUAUAUCCCGCACAUUGAGCUCUUUGCGCUCGCCCGUUAUGUCUUUCACGAGGCUGCUUCGGCCAGCGAGGCCGUCGUCCAGCUGUCCUCCGCCGCAUCGGGCCCCUCCUCAUCCUCCCUCCUGAAUCUGCCGUGGACCCGUCUGCGCGUCAACGUGUGGCAUUUUAAACUCCUCAGUCAGCCGUCUCUCGGCCCCGGCGCCAAUUUCGCAAAGGCGUCGCAGUGGAUCGACGUCCCGACAUUGGCGGAGCAGAUCAAUCUCGGCAUGGAGGCCGUCAGGAAGCAGAUUCUCGACGAGGACGUGUGGUCGACGGGCCAGGAGGUGUGGUCGCGCGAGGACCAGGUGCAGUUCUUGCUCGAGGUGGCCAAUACGCACAUCAUGCUCGGCCGCGAUGAUCGGGCGCGCGAGGCGCUUGAGGAGGCGACCAAGUUGAAUAACUUUGCGUACGCGCUCUCUGGUGCGCUGGGAAAGAGGACAAAGUUCCAGGAGAAGAGCACAAGUCAGCUUGUUGUUCUUGCAAAGAGCGAUGCGACGGCGAAGGGUGCGGAGACAACAGGCGGCGAGGAAGAGGCGAAGCCCGAGGCCGUCGCGCUGAAUGAUGAUACUCUACUUGAGGAGAUUCAGUUCUCAAAGGAGGCGAGCGGCAAGCAUGGCGAGCUCGCUGCGACGUCCUCAGGGCUCCCUGCGGCAUUGGCAGACUUGUCACCCGAGGCGCAGCCUCAGUUGUCGCCCCUCGACCAGAUUAUCCUUCUCACCGAGGCGACUCUCAAGGAUACAUUUUCUCCGGUCGAUACUUUGACAUCGGAAGAGGUCCUUCCGUACGCCGUGCGCGUUGUCUCUGACAAGGUAACAAACUGGCAAAUUUACUCACAAGCCCUCCUCGUCCGCUCGCGUAUCGAGGUCCACCGCAGCAGGACCGUCGAGAGAGGUGUUCUGCAGAUGCAAGCCGUCGUCGACCAAGUCGUCGUCGACACCUCGGAAGCGCCACGCCCCAAAGCCGAAGACGUCGCCAACGAGCCCGAUGUCCCCGCCAUCGCCGUCUCCGCCCCGGGGGAGACGGAUAACACCGCAGCGGCCCCCGUCGACGCAGAGAAGCCUACAUCCUUCUUCCCUGCCGCCAAGGAGACGGAUACCGCGCCCGCGCACGUCCGGCUGCAGUACAUCCACGCGCUCUCCUCCCCUCCGAAAUGGCACCUCGAGUCCGAGCUCGCCUACGCCUGGGCCGGUGUCGGCUCCCUCGUCUCCGCCCUCGAAAUCUUCAAGCGCCUGCGUCUUUGGGCCGAAGUCGCGCUCUGCCUCGCCAGCAGCGCCUCGACAGACGACGACUCGGGCCGUGGCAACGGCGGCGAGGACAAGGCCAAGGCGCUCGUGCGCUGGCGCCUGUUCCAUCGCACGGGACAAGCCCUCGUCGAGAACGCGGACCCGGACGCGGAGGAUCUCGAGGCGCGCGACGUCACGUACCUCAACCCGGCCGACUUUACGGGUCCCGAACGCAGUCCGCCGCCGCCCAAUGCGCCGCGGUUGUUCUGUAUCCUGGGCGACUUGGAGAACGAGCCGGCGCACUGGGAGCGCGCGUGGGAGAUUUCCAACCGGCGGUUCGCGCGCGCACAAAAAUCGUUGGGCGAGUGGUACCUUUCGCAAAAGGAGUGGGUGAAGGCGCAGGACGCGUACAAGCUCGCGACGAAGUGCAACCGGUUGAGCCCCGAGAUGUGGAGCAGGCUGGGCGACAUUAGUCUUCGGCUAGGGCAGUUCCCAGACGCCGCGGAGGCGUAUGGCCGAGCCAUUGGCGCCGCCGGGGAUGUCGUCGGCGGCGAGGACGCGAGGACGUGGAGUAACCUGGGCAGUUCGCUCUGGAGCAUGUACCUCGAGGCCGUGGAGGAGGUGAAGAAGCAAAUCAUUGAGGAGAAGAAGAAUGGGAUUGAAGGAAAGGUAGAUGAAGAAGAAGACGACGUCGACGACGACGACGAAGAGCCAAAGAAACGAGAGAGCAAAGCCAAGGACCCGGCCACGCUGCUAUCGCAGUCCCUGGCGGCGUACAAGCGCGGCGCCUCGAUCGCGCAGGACAACUGGCGCAUCUGGGACAACGUCCUCACCCUUGCCUCACGCGUGCGCCCGCCCGCCGUGACGGAGAUGGUGCAGGCGCUCCGCGCCAUCAUCCGCAUCCGCAACACCGAGGACGCGCUCGACGACGACGUCCUACGCGCGCUGCUGCAGGAGAGCGUGCUCACGAAAGAAAAGGAACACGACGAGAGCAAGACGGGCGUGUAUACCCCGCCGCGCGGCACCGUCGAAAAGGCGGUGAUUGCGCUGCUCGAAGAGAGUGUUGCGCCGCUGAUCACGACGAGGUCGGAGCUGUGGGAGUUGAUUGUGCGGGCGCGGGUGUGGAGGCGGGAUUACGCCGGCGCCGUGGACGCUGCGGAGAAGGCUUGGCGGGCGGCGAUGGGGGCCGGGGCGGGCGGCGGGUUGAUGGCUUCGGCGGCGGGGAGCGGGGGUGCCGGGGACGACCAGAGCCGGAACUGGCUUGCUGAUCGGGGGGCCUGGAAGGUUGUUGUGGCGAGGACGGAUGAGCUUGUGAGUGUGUUGGAGAACUUUGGGGGCGAGGUGGAGGGUGUGGGUGGACGGUGGAGGGGCAAGGCGAGGAAUGCGGUGCGGAGCGUGAUGAGUCGCGGACGGGAGGCUUGGGAGGGGACGGAGGAGUGGGUUUUGUUGGAGGGGAUGAUGGAGGGGUUGAAGUUGUAG